UCUUCGUGGCUCCUGUUGUCGCAGCAGUGUGUCUGACUGAUGUUUAGGACCCAAAACUUAAAGUUAUCAAUGAAUAUUUAAAUAUUGCGACUUUAACAAAGAGGAGGAUCUUCUGCUUCACGUGUUCCAGAGAUGAAGCUCAACAUAGAUGGUCUGUUGGUCUACUUUCCAUAUGACUACAUUUAUCCUGAGCAGUACUCGUACAUGCUGGAGCUGAAGAGGACUCUGGAUGCGAAGGGUCAUGGAGUCCUGGAGAUGCCUUCAGGAACAGGGAAGACCAUCUCUCUGCUGUCUCUCAUCGUAGCCUAUCAAAAGGUGUUUCCCCUGGAGGUGACAAAGCUGAUCUACUGCUCGAGAACGGUCCCCGAGAUUGAGAAGGUCGUGGAGGAGCUGAGGAAGUUGAUGGAGUUUUAUUCCAAGCAAACUGGACAGAGCAACAACUUCCUGGCUCUGGCGCUCUCCUCCAGGAAAAACCUCUGCAUCCACCCCGAGGUGAGCGCUCUUCGCUUCGGUAAGGAGGUUGAUGGGAAGUGCCACAGUCUGACAGCAUCGUACAUUCGAGCGCAGCGCCACAGCAACCCUGACCAGCCUGUGUGUCGCUUCUACGAGGAGUUUGAUGCUGUGGGCCGACAGGUUCCUCUUCCUGCUGGCAUCUACAACCUGGACGACCUGAAGGACUUUGGCAGGAGGAAAGGCUGGUGUCCGUACUACAUGGCCCGUUACGCAAUCCUGCACGCUAACAUUGUGGUGUACAGCUAUCACUACCUGCUGGACCCUAAGAUCGCCGACAUGGUGUCCAAAGAGCUGUCCAAGAAGUCAGUGGUGGUGUUUGACGAGGCUCAUAACAUAGACAAUGUGUGCAUCGACGCCAUGAGUGUGAACAUCACCAGACGCACACUCGACCGCUGCCAGACCAACGUGGACACGCUUCAGACCACCAUACAAAAGAUAAAAGAGACAGACUCUGCUAAACUGAAGGAGGAGUACAGCCGGUUGGUGGAGGGGCUGAAGGAAGCCAAUGUUGCCAGGGAAACAGACGUCUACCUCUCGAACCCUGUGUUACCAGAUGAAAUUCUCAAAGAGGCCGUCCCCGGCACGAUCCGUACAGCGGAGCACUUUGUUGGGUUCCUGAGGCGUUUCCUGGAGUACCUGAAGUCCCGCCUGAGGGUCCAGCAUGUGGUGCAGGAGAGCGCCCCGCAGUUCCUCAAAGACAUUUUUGAGAAAGUCUGCAUCGACCGCAAACCGCUAAGGUUCUGUGCGGAGCGAUUACAGUCGUUACUACGAACUCUGGAGAUCGCAGACAUAGCAGACUUCUCAGCUGUUACUCUCAUCUCCAGCUUUGCAACUCUGGUCAGCACCUACAGCCAAGGUUUUACCAUCAUCAUCGAGCCUUUUGAAGACAGAACUCCGACCAUCGCCAACCCCGUGCUGCACUUCAGCUGCAUGGAUCCGUCUAUAGCCAUCAAACCUGUUUUUCAAAGGUUUCAGUCAGUUGUCAUAACCUCGGGGACUCUCUCUCCGCUCGACAUCUAUCCCAAAAUCCUCGACUUCCGCCCGGUUACCAUGGCGUCCUUCACCAUGACGCUGGCCCGGACCUGCCUCUGUCCUCUGAUUGUCGGCAGAGGAAACGAUCAGGUGGCACUCAGCUCAAAGUUUGAGACCAGAGAAGACUUUGCUGUGAUCCGUAACUACGGCAACCUUCUCCUCGAGAUGUCUGCAAUCGUUCCUGAUGGCAUCGUUGCGUUUUUCACCAGCUACGUGUACAUGGAGAACAUCGUGGCGUCUUGGUAUGAACAGGGUAUCUUGGAGAAUAUUCAGAGAAACAAACUGAUCUUCAUUGAGACUCCGGACGCUGCAGAGACCAGCAUGGCCCUGGAGAAAUACCAGGAGGCGUGUGAGAACGGCAGAGGAGCCAUCCUCCUGUCGGUGGCCAGAGGAAAGGUUUCUGAAGGAAUAGAUUUUGUUCAUCACUUUGGCCGAGCAGUCAUCAUGUUUGGAGUGCCUUAUGUUUACACCCAGAGCCGCAUCCUGAAG